CUCUUUUGCGGCUAUUUAAGGCCGGGCGCCGGCGGGCGCCUCCCAGGCGGCGGGGGACAUGGACCGGCUGGAGGUGACGGAGACCUUCGCCGGCAUCUCCCUGCCGGGCCACCUCCACACCAAGGAGUCGCUGCACUUCGCCACCACCUUCCCCUUCCGCGACACCGACGUGGUCAUCGUCACCUACCCCAAGUCGGGCACCACGUGGAUGCAGGAGAUCCUGACCCUGCUGUACAGCAACGGGGACGUCCUGCCGGCCAAGACCAUCCCCAACUGGGUGCGGGCGCCCUGGCUGGAGCAGACCUACUUCAGGGACACGCUGCAGGACACGGCCGACCACCGCCUCAUCACCACCCACCUGCCCGCCCGCGUCCUGGCCCCCGCGCUCCAGCGGACCAAGGCCAAGGUCAUCUACGUGGCCAGGAACCCCAAGGACGUGGCCGUCUCCUUCUACCACUUCCACCGGCUGGCCAAGUUCCUGCCGGACCCCGGCUCCUUCGACGCCUUCCUGGCGCAGUUCCUCGAGGGCACGGUGCAGUACGGCUCCUGGUUCGAGCACGUCAAGGGCUGGCUGGGCCAGCGCCAGGCCCUGGACAUCCUCUACGUCACCUACGAGGAGCUGCACCAGGACCUGCGGGGCACCGCGGAGCGGCUCGGCGCCUUCCUGGGCCGCCCGCCGGGGCCGGAGACGCUGGGCAGCCUGGAGCGGCACUGCAGCUUCGCAGCCAUGCGGGACAACGCCAUGGCCAACUACAGCCUCAUCCCCUGCGAGAUCAUGGACCACAGCCAGGGCCGCUUCAUGCGGAAAGGCGUCGUGGGCGACUGGCGCGAGCACUUCUCGCCGCUGCAGAGCGCCCGCUUCGACCGCGUCUACCAGGAGGAGAUGGGCGACGCGGGGCUCCGGGCGCCCUGGCCCAUGGCCUGAGCGGCUCGGGCGCCGGGGACGGCGCUGGCAUCGCGCCGCCGCUCUGCAUCCCGCCGGGCUCAGCGCCGGAGCGGGGAGCCGGCGAGCCCCAGCCGCCCCCCCUGCAACGCGUGCAUCCCCGUGCACCGCGGCAGGG